AUGUCCGUCGGCACAAUUGUAUCAUUCCUCGGCACGGGUAUAGGCCUACUCUCGUUCAUCACAUCGAACUUUCCCGAAAAAGACAAUUCGGGGGGUGCUGGUGGCGAUCUGCCGGACGUUCGCCUCUUUGGUGAAGGAGGCACUUUCCUGGGAGGCACUUAUGACCCGGGCCACAUUAACGACGGUGCCGCGGGUGUGCCCGUUAACGUGGGCUAA